UUUUAAGCCUCAUCUCUUUCUUUGAGCUCUCUCUUCAUCUUUAUCUUCUUGAUUUCUUUGUGUGACUUCAUUCAUCUUUAUGUACUAACAAUAUCCAGAUCAAUAACAAUCUUAAUUACGGCUUAGAUUAGUGAUACUAAAGCAGCUAGUUGAUUGUGAAAAGACAAUUAUAAUUAUCUAUGGCUAUGCCAGCAAGGAGAUAUGCUUUUGGGAGGGAGGAUGAAGCCACUCACCCUGAUUCCAUGCGCGCCACCUUGUCGGAGCUUCUCUCAACCUUCAUCUUCGUUUUCGCCAGUGAAGGCUCUGUUCUUGCUCUUGAUAAGCUAUAUCCGGAUGCAGCAUUAGGAGCAUCAAGACUGACAGUGAUAGCGCUGGCACAUGCGUUAUCAUUCUUUGCAGCUGUAGCCUCUAGCCUCAACGUUUCUGGAGGACAUAUCAACCCAGCUAUUACCUUUGGUUCACUUGUGGGGGGCAGGAUUUCUGUCAUUCGUGCUGUCUACUAUUGGCUAGCUCAGCUUGUAGGAGCUGUUGUAGCCUCUCUUUUGUUGAGGCUUGCUACUGAUGGCUUCCGGCCACGGGGAUUUGCGGUUGCAGCAGGAGUUGGCAACUUGAAUGCACUUGUGAUGGAGAUAGUGAUGACAUUUGGACUAAUGUACACAGUGUAUGCAACUGCUAUUGAUCCAAGGAGGGGAAGCUUGGCCACCAUUGCCCCUCUUGCCAUUGCUUUCAUUGUGGGGGCAAACAUCCUGGUGGGAGGGCCUUUUGAGGGAGGAUCAAUGAACCCAGCAAGGGCAUUUGGGCCUGCUCUUGUGGGCUGGAGGUGGAGGAACCACUGGAUCUACUGGUUGGGCCCUUUUGUGGGUGCAGCACUGGCUGGACUUAUAUACGAGUAUGGGAUCAUACAGCAUGACACCAUUCCACGCCCCACUACGCAUCAGCCCUUGGCACCAGAAGAUUACUAAGAGGCAGUAGUCUUGCAUUUGUGAAUAAGAAAGGAUCGUGCUUAAAACUGAAACUUUUAUGUGAUGUUUUGAGUCCAGUCUAUGGUUUGCUUUUUAAUUCCAUCUUCUGAUGUUUUCUGCGUUAAAUACUUCUUUAUGUAGUUGAAUUUUGUAAGUUGCCGGAAUAAAGACAAUGAUCCCAGUAAUAGCAGAAAUAAGGUCGACUUUUAUCUUUU